CUUUUGUCUUGCUUGACUUGAAUUUCGUGAUAGGUUAUUUGUAUUUUUUGCAACUAUGCAUCCCUCACUUCUCAGCCUCCUGGCAACACCGCUCGCGGUCUUCGCGGCUCCGGCAGCCAGAGUAGCAACGGAUAAGAAUAGCCUUACUGCUGGAAGCAAUGCGGCGACCACCAGAGUAGUGGGUCUGGUCUUGCUCAAUUUCGCGUGGAACCAAGCCGGAGUUGUUCGUUGGAAAGUCCAAUGUACCUACAUCCUCCGAGUUAUGGCCAUCUUGUUCUUUGCCGCGUUCAUGUACUUCGAAAUCUACGUCGCUCGGCAUCUACUUGUUCCCAUCAAUAUCCUGUCGCAGGAAGCCGUAUUCGCGCUGUCCAUUGUCCAACACGGUUGGGCGUCCUUUGGUAUCUGGGUAUACUAUCUCUGGCAAUUAAUCGAGAACCUCCGACAUGAUAGCAUGCUUUCAUCUACAGCUCAGCAGAUCCCCGUUACGCUCAGCGGCAUCGACUCUUGUGGGGUUCUUGAUGUCCAAAAUCAGAGUUGCGUGGAUGAUGCUUGUCGUAAUGGCUUGUUUUGACAGGACAGAUCCUUCUUGCCACCACACCAGUCGGGCAGACGUAUUGAGCGCAGACCUUUGUACCCCUCAUCGUUAUACCGUUGGGAAUAGGUAUGUCUUUUCCCCGCGACACAAUCAUUCUCACCGACGGGAUGCCCAGAGAACAUCAGGGAAUCGCCGCGUCUCUGAUCAACAACGUCGUGCACUAUUCGGUGUCGAUAAUUCUUGGGAUCGCUGAUACGGCCAUUCAACAGACGAAUUGCGGAGGGAGCAAUGUGCUCGGGAGUUAUUGAAACGCGUGGCAUUUUGUAAUUGGCCUCGAUGGCUUUGGGAUGGCGAUCGCGCUGUAUUUCUUGUGGAUGUCUGUGGUGAAAGGGAAAACAAUUAGCUAGAGUGUUGGAGGCGGUAUCUGAUACUUUUCAAAUGGAGAACUUGUGUUCCAGAACUCCAGCUUUCUGGGCGGCGUUGAGGAGAUGGUUGGGUC